AUGCUCAUCGAUGAUAUGGGAGUUGGCAAGAGCCUACAGAUGCUGUCCCUCAUUGCGGCCCACCCUGCUCCACGCGGUGCUGUAUGGGUGCCCACUUUGGCGAGUCCCCCCGAGCCUAGUUCAACACAGCGUGAUCGCGUGCAGCGGUGCUAUUGCGGAGGCAAAGGCGAUCCAGCCGACCCGCAUCCGGAUGAGACCGUGCGCUGUACUGGGUGCCGCGUUGUGCAUCAUGUGUUUUGUGCUGGGUUCCAGUCACACAUCGAGGCUUUCUACGUAUGUCUAUCCUGCAUGGCCGAGCAGCAACAAUUACAGCAGUCACGCAUACCUCUUGGAUGCACUCUAAUUGUGGUUCCCCAGCAUCUGCCACAUCAAUGGCUUGAGGAGUGCAGCAAGCAUUUCGCGCCGAGCACCUUUCGCACGUUUGUUUACCGAGGCGCCGUUGAGGGGGCCCAGGCCAUUCGCCCCGCUGAACUGGCUCAAUACGAUAUCGUGCUGACGACCUAUCGUGUACUGACGGCCGAGGUGCACCAUGCGCCCAACGCACGCCGGCCCAAGCGCUAUGAGAAGAUCAUUUCACCACUCCGUCUCGUGCGCUUUUGGCGCACGAUUUUUGACGAGGCCCAAGGCAUCAAGGGCGUCAAUACGCACAUUGGGGCCAUGAUAUCGGCGCUGGAGACAGAGCACCGGUGCAUCAAUCCAUUGCCGCAGCAACAUCAUCACAUUAUAUUGCUCAAGUUUGGUGCUAUUGAGCGCGACGCAUACAACGCUCUUGGUCACAAGCUCAAAGAACACCAGCCCGCGUUGCUGGCCAAGCUAUUGGCCCACACACACGUCGGCGAUGCUGAGCAACUCCAAGACCUCUUCGUGACCGAGCUUGGGUCUGAGGCACGCAAAAUGAUCCUCAAGCCUUUUACAGACUUGAGGUGUCAAGAGCUGCAGCGCAGCAUGUUGCUGGCUAUCAAUGCUCUAGCCGGGCUUGAUCUGAUACAAAACAAAACUGAACCUGCACUGCGGCUCUACCGCGAAGUCAUCACACGCAGCUUUGCUCCAAACCUACCUUUUAAGCCCGAUCGCUUCCAAGCGCUGCACGCCGUUCACAAUUUCCUCGACGUGGCUCAUCGAUCCGAUGCGCCUCCAGUCGAGGCCGCAGAAUUGGCAGACUAUGCCGAAAAGCGCACCUCCCUUCGCACCAAACUAACGUCAGAGGCGCGCUUGGCCGUCGAGGCUGCGCACGGCGAAUGGCUGCAUGCUGUGAGCGAGGCCCGUGUCAAGGAGCUUCGGCCAUUGUGCCUCUGGUUCAUCCCAUUGCUGACUCUGGCAGCAGAGCGUGAAGCGCACGGGCCCCGAAUUUUGGCUGACGUCUGGCGGGCUCUCGAAGCCCGGUCUCAAAGCGGAGGCAACUGUUUCAUCGAUCAAAGCAGCUUGGGCACGCUCAAACAUACUAUCGCUCAACAUAUGGACAAGCUGUGGAAGGCGCGAGAUGGCGCUCUCCAGCUCUUGCAACGUGCGCUCCGCACUCCGACCCCUGAGGAGGUGAUACACGCGGCUACUUGCAGCAACUGCCGCAGCACCAAUCAUCCGACCGUCCCGAUGCGCCCGUCCACGGAGCCCUGCCUACUGUGCCAAUGCGACCGCGCGCGCAUAGAUCUGGCCCCUGAAGGCUUUGAGUGGACCGAUAGCCCUACACAUUACGUCUUUGAUGUUGAAGGCGAUCGACAGACCUACUCGAUGCAGCUUGAAGCCAGCAAACAUGAGCUGGAGAAUAAUGCUUGGCGACAGCUCACGUAUCUGACGGGCACAGUAGCACGGGAACUGGUGCAAGAAUGCCCCCUUUGCUACGAGACACGACCCAUCAACUUCUUGCUUAAUUGUGCGCACCACGUUUGCGCAGCCUGCUUUGCGUCCCUGAGCCGCGGCGCGCAGCGGCGUGCAAAGUUGGAGGCCGCCGUUCGGCUCAUCAAGGGCUUGGUGAAGCACGAGCCCUCAGCAAAAGUGCUGGUGUUUUCGCAGUGGCACGAGGUAUUACAACUGUUUUGCAAAUUUGCCGAGCACAAUGGGGUACAAACCUUGCUGAUGAAAUCAGGGCAGCAGGGAGCCAAUGAGGUGCAACACUUUCAACAUGAUGCUCAGAUCAAGGUUCUAUGUCUUCGCCUCUCGCUUCACGGUGGUGCCAACGGAUUGACGCUUACGGCUGCAAACCACAUCAUUUUGCUGGAUGCGGAGCUGAAUCCAGCCAUGCGCGCACAAGCGCUCGCUCGUGUGCAGCGUGUAGGCCAGGCACGGGAAACACACGUCCAUCAGCUUUUGAUUGAAGAUAGUAUCGAGAUGGGCAUUUUUACUGCAGCUGAAGAGCUUCAUGGGCGCGGGAGCGAGGUCAUGGAGGGCCAAAAAACCAACGAGUUGGAGGCGUGGCGUGUUCGUGAUGUGCUGCGUUUGAUGGCACCGCCGGCCGAAUGGCAAGACCAAAACACCAUUCAAACAGUGUCGCCAGACAAGGAACAAACAGGGACACCGGCGACCAGCAUCACGACCGACACUGCGGCCAACACUACAACAAGCUCUGGUCGUCAAACCUCGGGCGAACCCCCUUCAGCAGCGCUGGCUUCUGUGUUGGCGCUCGAGUCGGAGCGCGAGGCACAGGAGCGAUACUGGGCAUCGCUUGUGCUGUAUCACGGGCAUGUGUUGAGUCGAGAUCAGGCGAUGCGCAACUUGCAGGUCGCUUUAAGCGCCGCUGAGCGCCAAGCGGCGCCAGGACCUGCAGUAGGAGCGCCGGUCAGCCUCCAGGGACGAUCAUUGGCUGCUGCCGUGGCGACAGAGCUGGCGAAGCUCCCAUUGGCUGAAACCGCUGAUAAGUAA